AUUUCCAUGGCCACCAAUGCAAAUCUAACCCCCAAAAUGAAUCUAAAAAUCUCACCUCAUUCUUCUUCUCUGCCAUUCAACUAACUGAUCCUUUCACAAGCAGCAGCCAUGGCCACUGCAACCUCUCCCAUAGCCAGCCAGCUCAGUUCCAGCUUUGCUUCUUCCAACACCAGAGCCUUAAUCUCUCCGAAAGGCCUCUCCGCUUCGCCGCUCCGACGAGUCCCUGCAAGAACACACUCCUUCACCAUCAGAGCCAUCCAAGCUGAUAAGCCCACUUACCAAGUGAUCCAACCCAUCAAUGGAGACCCAUUCAUUGGAAGCCUUGAGACUCCAGUAACCUCAAGCCCACUGAUAGCCUGGUACCUCUCAAAUCUCCCAGCCUACAGAACAGCAGUCAGCCCACUGCUGAGGGGAAUUGAAGUGGGCCUGGCCCAUGGUUUUUUUCUCGUCGGCCCAUUUGUCAAAGCUGGGCCUCUGAGGAACACCGCCUACGCCGGAGGAGCCGGCUCACUGGCCGCCGGCGGCCUCAUUGUCAUUCUCAGCAUCUGCUUGACAAUGUAUGGUGUUGCAUCCUUCAAUGAAGGAGAGCCAUCCACUGCACCAUCGUUGACCUUGACUGGCCGGAAGAAGGCCCCGGAUCAGCUCCAAACAGCCGACGGAUGGGCGAAAUUCUCCGGCGGAUUCUUCUUCGGAGGCAUCUCCGGCGUCAUCUGGGCCUACUUCCUCCUCUAUGUCUUGGACCUCCCUUACUUCGUCAAGUAGAUUUUGUAUCAUUUUCUGUUUCUGCAAUGCAACUCCCAUGUCUGUGUUAAGGAAACAUAAAAAUUGUAUAUUUUCCAUGCCAAACAUCUUUGUUAGAUCCAUUGUGAUUGCUUAUUGAUAUCCCUUUUGGAA